ACAGAGGAUUGUGUCUAAAUAUAGAUUCAGUCAUCACGAUUUGAGAUUGAUUAUAUAGAUGUCAUUACUUUGACCGGUAUUCCAAAUGGUUCGAAGGAUUGUGCGUUAGCCAAUCGUAACAUUACGCUCACAAUUUAACAAAAGGACAGCAGCUUUUAAACUUAGGGCAUUAAGAGUUUUGCAGGUAGAUGACUUAUUAGUCACCUUCAACAAAGCUUUCGGAUUUGUUCGGUGCUGGCAGGUGUUUUUGUUUCGAGGCGCGGUUAGAACUGGCAAUACAUUGGUUCCGUGUGCGCCUCUACUAAAAUCAUUCAUCAACAUGAGGGCCUUUGUGGUGUUGCUGUUGGUAGGACUGAUGGGGCUGUGCACGGCAGAUAUGCACGACUCCAGCGAGGAAGAUGGGGACGCGUUCUGCGAGUGUAAAAACCUUGACGGGCAUAUCGAUGACGGCGGCGCGCCGGCAAUGGAAGAGGAAAAGAUGCUGAGCGAGGAGGAGAAAAGAAAACUUAUGGAGGAGCGGCAGCGAAAGUGCAGGGAUAACGAGCGUUGCUGCAUGAAAUACUGGCGUAAAAUGCUCAUGAAGAAGAUCAUCAUCUGCGCCGUCGCCGGGAGCGUUGUGGCCAUUGCUGCCGUCGCCACCGGCUGCUUCUGCUACGAUAAGAAGUGCAAGAAGAGCAGCACAGGACCGGACCAGAAACACACAACUUUAUCGUACGCAAAUAGCUGCACCAUGGCCACAGAGUUGGAAAGCGAGUUGGAUUACGUGAAGGAGCCACAUCCGGCCGGGGACCUGACCACCACGGGCAGCAUGCCGCCUGCCUACACGACCUUGCCUAUGUACGGCGGAGGGCCGGGGGAGCUGAUCCUGACAGCACCACCACCCUACACAACCGAGGAAGAUAAGACCGCGUUGUGGUAGGAUGGUGACAGGCUCAAAGAGGGCGGUGUAGAGAUGGAGUCACACAAUUGUGAAUUUAUUGUCUGUACAAUGUCAGUCUAUUGUCAUACACCUGAUGGUCACUUUUCUUUCUUUUAUUAGUUUUCAUGUAAUGUACUUAUUGCCACACGUUAAUAGACUUUAUACAUAAUUCGUAUUUUAUGUCUCGUAUGUGUUCGAUGAACAUUGUUAAUACAUGAGUUGCUUGUUUUGAUGGUUUAAAAUGCAUAUAUUGCAUUCCUUACUAGAAUGUAUAUUCAGUUGUGGGUGUUUUGCUGCUCUAAACAACCGACCGUAAUAAAAUGCUAUUUAAUUAACAUCGUUGUUCUAUACAUUAUAUUACUGGGCCAUAAAACCGUAAUUGUUAUAUUAAAAUUGAACAAAACACGCUCUUAGUGAGUCUUUGUAAUAUUUCGUUAUUUAGAUUGUUACUCAAUAUACUGGCUGUGGAGUUAUAUAUGAUUGUAAAAUCAGUGUUUUGGUUUUGCAACGAACUCCAACUGCAUUUGUUGACGUCUGAUCAUAGAGAAGUUAUUUCCGUUACAGAAUUGAACCAAACGCAUUGCAGAGCGUCAUUGAAACUGUAAAUGUUUAUUUCAUUCUUCUGGAAGUGUUUUCUAGAUUAUUCCACAUUUAGGCGCAUCUAUUGUUAUUUCUUUAUUUCUUUUCUAUCAAUGAAUAAUAUUGUUAUGUAGUUAUGUUAUGAUUUGUAGGUUUUUUAUUUGUGUGUUCAAGUGAAUAAAACAGUUCUAAAGUU